AUGCUUACCAUUGGCAUUCAUUUUAUUCUGACCUCUCUCUCCUCCCUUGCUCUCUCUCUCUCUCUCUCCUCUCUUUCUCUUUCUCACUUUCUCUCUCUCUCUCUCUCUCUCUCUCUCUAUCUACCUAUCUAUCUAUCUAUUUCUCUCUCGCUCUCACAUUCUUCCUUUUUAUUGUCUUUGCUUUCUUUAUCCCACUUCUUCCUCUCUUUCCAUCUUUGUCAAUCUUCUAUUGUUCCUAUUUCCGUCACUUCCUUAACUUUUUUCUUGAUUCUGUUUUCCAUUGAUAUUCUUUGCCUUCUUUCCUUCUAUUCUCUCCUUUCAUUCCUCUUCUUUCCACAUUUUUUUGUUUUUUGUCACCUAUAUUUCGAACCAGUUAUAUUUGCUUUCGCAUUGUCUUCUUUUCUGACUAAAUUGUUCGUUUUUUCUUUCUUUUUUUCUUUUUUUUUUAGUCUUGCUUUUUAUUUUUAUGACCUUUUUAAUUUUCUUUCCUUCCUUACCUAUCAUUUACUUAUCUUUAAUAUUCAAACUUUUCUUUUUUAUUAUUUAUUUAUUCUUUUUCGCUUCUUUCUCGCUCUCGGCACCACCACCUUAUUCUCUUUUUAUUCCUCUCUCUCUCUCUCUCUCUCUCUCUCUCUUCCCUUUCCCUCCUUCUUUUGUUUUACUUCAACUAUAUCCGCACAUAUCUCAACUAUUUUCUUUUCAAAUUUUCCUCAAUAA